GUUCGAUUGGCAGAUUGCAUAUGCAUAUAUGUAUGGCGUCAGCUGAAUGCAAGCUUGCCGCAACUUCCAUUGCCAACUUGAGGGAGAGACGCUGGAGCGAGCCUGGAGGGCCUUGAUCUGCGCUUUCAGUUUCCCUAUUCUCUGUUGCCGGCCUCUUUGUUAGAGUUCCUGCAGCUGGGUUGGAAGCUUUGAUUCGCAGGGCGUGGGCGCAGUAAGAUUGUAUGUAGAACUGCAGGGGCCGGGAUCUCGCCAUGUCUCGAUUUACCGAGAAGAACCCUUUCGAUGACGAGACUGAUGCGAAUCCAUUUGCGGAUCCUGCAAUCAAGUCCCAUUCUCCUGGAGCAGGAGCGUAUGGCGGCGGAGCUUACUCAGGAGGAGGCACCUUUUAUCAGGAGCCUUCAGUGGCUCCCGCAAAGCCUACUCCUCUGCCACCGGAGCGAGCUUCCGUGACGUCCUUCGCAAGCGACAGUGCAACUGUUGACAUUCCUCUUGGAGAACCAGGCUACAAGAAGAAGGAGAAGGAGCUGAAGGCCAAGGAGAAAGAGCUGCAGAAGAAGGAAGCUGAGCUGAAAAAGCGCGAGGAAGAUGCCCGCCGCGCUGGCGUCAUCAUUGACACAAAGAACUGGCCCUUCUUCUUCCCCAUUUUGCAUCAUGACAUUUCUGCUGACAUUCCUGAAGCUCAGCAAUGGACGCAAAGGCUGGCAUACUACACGUACCUUGGCUUGAUGUUGUGCUUCCUGUGGAAUACGGUCUGUGUCUCAGCAGGCUGGGCAAAGGGUGUCAUAAGUGGCGGGAGUGCCUUUGUUUGCUGGCUGGCGGCAAUCCUCUACGCCGUUGCUGGCAUCGUCCUCGCUUGGCCGCUCUGGUACAAGAGGUUGUACAACGCUAUGAGGAGGGAUCGUGCGAUGACUUUCGCAUGGUUCUUCUUGAUGUACCUGGUGCAUAUUGCUUGGUGCAUCUUUGCUGCCAUCGCUCCCCCUAUUUUCAUCAAAGGAAGCUCCCUCACCGGUUUCCUGUCCUUCAUCAAGGCUCUUGAUGCCGACACGGUUGUAGGGAUUAUGUACCUCGUUGGUUGCAUCCUGUGGGUUCUCGAGGCGUUACUUAGCAUAUUCGUCCUCCAGCGCGUCUACUCGUACUUCCGUGGAUCAGGAAAGGCGACGGAAGUGAAACGCCAGGGAGCUCGUGCGGUUGUCCAGGCUGCUGUGUAGUAUUCUGAUGCCACUCCUCUUCUCUAAAAACUGUCUCUCUGCAUGGCUUCCUCUGGUUAGAAAAGUGAGCUCAUGCCGCAGAUUCUAAGAUUUGCACUCUGUUGCAGACCUCCGUGUAGGAGAUUGUAAGGCUUUGGAUUAUCUGUCCUUUCGAGUUUCGAAGCCUUUGCUCGUAGUGAGUGCAUCUAAUAAGUGUGUCUCAAAAGCUGGCCCGUGAUACUCCAGUGGUGAGUUGUCGAUUAUUUCGAGGCCGGGCAUCAUGGUCGAGUGCAUACAAACGCAUAAAGCAUCAAGAGCGCCGAUUCUGGUUGCAAUUUACAACUUCAGGGUUUAACUAGCCAUGCACCAGCGUUAGUAACCAGC